AUGUCAUUUGAGGAGAAUUUGAUAUCCUUGGUAAAGGAGGAAGAAUACCUUUUUAAUACAAAGUCAAGAUCAUAUAAAAAUGCGACAAAAAGAGCCGUCGCCUGGGACAAAAUAAGCGCCCAACUUAAAAGACCAGUUCAAGAUUGUAAGCAACGUUGGAGAAGUCUCAGGGACAGAUUCACAAGAGAGCACCGAUGUAUGACUUCGCUUCCAUCUGGCAGUGCAGCUAUCGUUGAGCCAGAUGACAAAUGGGAGCUGUAUGAUUCCCUGAAAUUUUUAAUUCCUUCGCUCCUUACCAGAAAACAAAUUGGAAACACCGAAGUUCCUCUCGCAGAGAGCGCCGCGGUCACCGAAGAAAUCAUGCGGCAUCAAGCGCAAGGCAGCGGAGGAAACUUUUAA